AUGCUUUCUAGAACUAUCCACAGGCUGGGCAGGUCCGUCCUGCAGUGCCGUUUCCGCUCCAGCGUGCCCGAGCUGUCUGAAGAUUUGGUCUAUCUCAAUCCACACAAAUGGGAGGGUCUUCCAGCUGACAGAAUCUUCGAGUUGCACAGACUCAGAAAGACCGCCAUGGGCGACAAGUACGUGCCUAACGACAAAGAGAGACAGGCUGUUUUGCUGACGUACGCCAAGUUGCUGGGCAAAAUCAGACCCAAGUUGGAGUAUGUCUACGAGUUGGACAACUUCAAGGAACACAUUUUGAACAACGUGGUGAGACCGCCCGUGCCUAAAAUGUCCAAUAUCGAUGUCCGUCCAAGCGGAGAAACCCCUCACAUUGACCGCAAGCUCGAGGAGCUCCAUCGUAUUGCUGCCCACGAGAUGCCGCUUUUAGCCAAGUACCGCCAGGCAUACGAGCCUCCAGCUCAGUCCCCGCUUCAGUUGAAGUUCUACACGGAUCUUUCCGACGAUAUGCUGUCGACCGAAAACAGAAAAGUCGCCUUGAACGUCGCUCUCGAGGACCUUGGGCUCGACGACAAGCAGGCUCACAAGUUCAAGGUUUUGGCCGGCAACAAGUUCAACCACAAAAACAACGUGUUUCACAUGAAGACUGCUCGUUACGGCGUUGCCACACAGAAUGCUCGCUGGCUCGUGGAGACAUUCAACAAGCUCUUGAAAGCCGCUAAGGACAUGUCUGACUCUAUGGAAGAUGUGCCCGUCAACACCAGACACUCGCAGCCCAGAAAGCCCGAGCCGGUGUUCCCCGAGGAGUGGAAGAGACCACAAGACGCUCCAGUGAAGAAGUUCCUGAUUCUGGAGCGGGUUGUCGACAUGGUGAUCGAGAAAAAGGACCAGGAGUUCAUCAAGAAACUCACCCCAUAA